AGGCACAUAGGCAGGUGUAUAACAUACAAAGAAACACCCUGAGCUCGCACACUCUUUCUCGUCCUCCACUGAUCCUUCUUGGUUUAUAUGGGGAGGAACAAAGAGCAGUGAAAGGAAGAGUCAGAAACAAUGAAAGGAAAACUCAGUUUUGCUUGCAUGAGAAGGGGAGGGAAAGCGAGCACAGACAGCCUUGCUGGUAUAAAGAGGAGAGGAGGAAGGAGCCAACUAUUGCGUUCGAAAGUUCACAGCUCUUGCAAAUAAGACUCUGGACUCAGGCUAUGCUUAAAGAUGAAUAAACAGGCUUAUUUUACAGCAUCUAUCCUGGGAAGGAAAAUGAAGCUAUCUUCCUCACAGUGGUGAAACAGAUGCCUCAAUACUCACAGGCAGGACCUGAGCUCAACAGCAGCAAGUCUCCCCAUCUGUGAGUCCCAGAAACGGACAUUCUGGUGCGUGACUGCCACUCAUGGCUCUCUGCACUUCCGGAGAGAUACUACGAUGGUGGAUUUUUCUCCCAGAAGCACUCUUCUUCAGACUACUGCUGUGCUCUUCCUUGGAAACUUUAAGCCAUGCAGUGGGGAAUCCAACCCAUCAGGUGAAGGGAAUCCUGGGAGGAUCAGUCUUGUUUCCUGCCAAUGUAUCUCUAGGAAUAACAGUGGAGAAAACUGAAUGGGACUUUCGUCCCCAAAGGCAUGGCAUAGACUAUUGGCUGGGGGAAUUCAGCCACGGUAAACUGGAGCACCCAAGUCCCACUGACCGGUUUGGACAACGGCUAGACAUGGUGGACGAGACAACACUGAGGAUCAAAGACCUGGAGUUGGAUGAUGGUGGAAUCUACAAUACUCGCAUCUGGUUUACUAAAUCACAGUAUCAAGAACAGCGUUUCAGCCUCACUGUUUAUGAGCUGGUGCCAACACCACAGAUACACCACCAAGUGAAAUGCAAGACUCCACGUGGAUGUAAUGUGACCUUGCGAUGCCACACACCUGGAAGGGAAGAUCUCAAGGUCUCCUGGAAAACAGGGGUUCCUCACAGGGCCUUAGGAAAGAGUGUGAAUCACUACCAGGUUUUUGACAAUGGCAGGGAGCUCCGUGUCUUCUACUGGAACAGGUCUUUUGACUCCAAAUUCACCUGCCUGGUCAGCAAUCCUGUUGACCAAAAGAGAGCCUCCUUUGACUUGCUCAACAUCUGCCAGAGUGAGGAAGGUGGACAGUUUGGAGCCUUGAGUUGGGGUCCAUGGCUUAUCCCUGCCCUCAUAGCUCUUCUGGCAAUAAUGGUGAUGGUGAUGUGGAUGUGCUGGAAGAUCAGAUUAGAAAGGCAUAGAAGAGGUGUUUGCUCUUUGAUGCAAGAGAAGGGGAAAAGUUGUCUUACAGUCUGGAACUCAGAGAGGAGCCACUCAGAAGAUGGUGAUGAUAAGAUUGAACCCUGCAUCCCUCAGACCAACAUGGGAGAUCAGGCACAUCUCCCGGAGCCAAUGCCAAGGAAUUCAGGGGAAAGAGCCACUGAAGUUCUCGCAUUGCUGCCAGCUGAGCCAGAGGUACAGCCUACCAGCAGGCUUAAACAUUGGCCCUCAAAGUCCCAUGACCAGGCCAAAGAGCAAGACUUAUCCAGUGAUUAUGGAAGGGGUCCAGCACUCCUCUUCAGCCUUGCUUUUGAUGGAAACAGCACAGGCAAGAAGGGAGGGAGCUUUGGGGAUGUGACCUGCAGCAUUUCUUAUGCGUGGGAAUGAAAGCAGAAGCCUGCUGCUGUACAACUGUGGGCAAAUCAACUCUCCACCAGCAGAAGGCACACCUGAGGCUCCCUAUGUUCCUGGCCAGAAAUAUUCAUGAAUUUUGUGAGCAGGAGCCUGGUGAUCCUUCUCUCCUUUGGUCCAUGGAUCCUCUCUUCCCUGGGUAAGAAAAACAGAAUGCAUAGGGUGAAAAGCUAUAGGUUUGGUUGGUAAUGAAGGGGAAAGUAACUGACAAUGCGGAGCUCAUUUAAAGAAUAGGCCUACUCCCUGAAAACUCUCCCCCCCCCCGCAAUCUCAGGGUCAAUGUGUUUUGGCACCUGCUGGUGGUUCACAUUCCACUUCACAGCAAUUUGAAGUGGCAAGAUUUGCCAGAGAGCAGCCUGUUUGGAGGGCUGCAAUUUGAUCUCUCCGACACCCACGUGAUGUGGGAGUUUUUGUUUCCUGAAGCCAAAAGCCCCAGUCGUGUUUGGCAUUUUGGCUGGAGAUGGAACUGUUUUCCUGUUCUGAAGAAAACUUUCCAGAACGGAAGGAGAAGACUGUGACGUCAUCUCAAUGACCACUGCAACCAGCAGGUGGCACUGCUUUGGGAGAAGCAGUUGGAACUUUUGUCCUGUGAUGUUUGGACUCAUGUCCAGAGGCAAAGACUUUUGGACAUUAGCUGCAAUCGUGUCAAGAAGACCAACAGCAGCACACAGAAGCAAGAAGCUUCACAAAGGGGACUUUUUGCUAGAAGCAAUCUCUUUUUGCUGAGUGCAUUGCACCAGAGAGACCAUGGGACUGAAAAGCAUUUGUUGUUUAACAUGUUUUUCUCAUUCCAGGUCCAAGCGCAGGUGAAUGGGUUUCCAGGUUUCGCAGUGUGACUGUUCUGUUCUCAGAACACAAGCUAUCCAAAGGAACUAAAGCUCAGCCUGAAGUGCAAAAGUAGCUUGUUCUUUACCAUGUUGUGUUAUUAUGUACACAUGAGGAUGGUGGAAAGGUUACAGCAACAUGUGAUGUAUUGUCUGUUAACCAUAUUUUUCCAUGCAGGUUGUAAGCACGAAGACUUCCCAGAUGCUGAUAUGUCUGUCACCAAAAUGGUCAAAGUACCAGUGAUCAGAACGUCGCAAAUGGGGGGAGGAAGUUGGUGUCAGUGACAAAGUGUACCCGGAAAAAGUCUAGAUUCCAGUGGCAGGGUCUGAUAUGUGGGUUCCAAAGUCACACACACACAGCACACAAUGCUUAGCAAACAUAUUUAGCAAGUUUUUUCCUGGAUAGAGACAGUGACAAAACCCAGAAAAAGCCAGUUUGCCAAUGUUUGCAUCUGACAUGUGGGUUGGGAAAGUCACAAAACAGGGAGCAUAACUUCUUCCUGUGGUAUUGAGGCAUGUACAAAGUACUAAAGCCUCAUACCGAUUUGUUUAUACUCUAUUGAGUGCAGUGCAGUGUGGGAGGUAGUUCUAGAUGUUUUCCUAGACAACCCCAUUGCUGCAGACUUACAUAGUAAGUUUUUCGCUGUUAUAAACAGCAGAUGUGCUCACAAGAGUUUCCACUGCCAUAGUGCAAGAGUUGCUAGCACAGUUGCUAAAAGAUGGCGCUGUUUGCAGGCAGCUCGAUACACAAAGGUAUGUGUAUGCUGAAGAGUUUGCUAACACAGAUGUUUUGAUUUCACUGUUGUAAGUAGCUCACCACAGGUCUCAAAACCCGGAGUACAGAGAAGGGUACAGAGUUUGUCCUCAAGAGGCAGUGAACCAUGCCCAAAGGCUGUAUGGGUAAAGACCAUUUUCCUUGGAGAAGGAAGCUGGACCAAAUGGGCGUGUGUACCAACAAAGCCAACUGUGCAAUUUACUGAUAGUCAAUGUGCUAUGACACCAUGACUUAUCAGAUGUGCAAGAUGGUAUGGCCAAAGGCAAAUCCAGUUGCAGGUAGUUCCAAAGGUGAACUGCAGCACAGGAUAAAUCGGGGGAGUUUGUUAGGAGAUUCAUUCCCCAUCUGCAGUCAUAGGUUUAUUGUGUAUCAUAUGACUGUAUGUGUUUUCAUUCCACAGAGUGGAAGUGACGUAGACAGGAUGUUUACGUGGGACUGUUGUUUCUUUGUUCUUUCUCUUUACUGACUGUGAUGCCAGAGAGAGGGAGCCAUGAUGUAGAGCUCCCAGUUUAUUUAUAUGUAAAUAAAGCAGUUUAGCCUUAUUUACUGACUUGUGCUCAUCAUGUUUGUGAGAGCAAUCACAUAUUUGGCCUGUGGGACCAGUCUAACAGCUGGCCCCCAGGAUGGCCAAAUUAUUGACAAAAAAUAGUGCAUAAACAUUUUUCCUGAAACACACAAGCAGAUGGUUUUUCGAUUGCUGCUUAGAAUAAUUUUUCCCUGGGUUAGAUCUUUCUGUGUUGAGUUUUCAACAGACAUUUUGCAAAGUUCUGAUUUUGUAAACUGCUUUGAGGUUUUAUGACAACCAAGAAGUAUUAAUCUUGUGAACUGAAAUAAAUGAAUUUUUGUUCCAUGUGAGGGGAAAUUCUACUUAUUUUUUGGAAUUUUUCCUUGGGACAAUUACACAAAGCCAGAUAUUCCAAAAAUUGCAGCAUUGCAAACUUUAAAAAGAUUUAAGUGUUUAAUCAAUUUGUUUUUUCAGACUUCACUAAAAACGUUAAUGAUACUAAUUUUGUUUGUAUCUCUUCCCCCACCCCUCACCCCUCACCCCUCACUAGAAACUUUAAGCCAUGAAGUGGGGAAUCCAACCCUUCAGGUGAAGGGAAUCCUGCAAGGAUCAGUCUUGUUUUUUGCCUAUGGAUCUGAAGGAAUAACAGUGGAGAAAAUGGAAUGGGACUUUCUACCCCAAAGGGGUGGCUU